AUGGAUGGGAGUCUCGGGGAGAUGUCCCUCCACAGCCACUCCGAUCUGGCUCACAGUCAGGACGGCAGGGCCAUGCUGCACUCGCGGGACCUUUCAGCUGCUUUCCCCAGGCCCUCCCUUGGGGGACCCUCCAUGUCCCUGGAGCCGGAGCCCCGUCCGCCGGGCUUCGACCACUCCAUGUCUGCACUGGGAUACAGCGGCGACUCCCCGUCCAGCUCCGGCAGCACCUACACCACCCUGACCCCCCUGCAGCCCUUUGACGACAAGUUUCACCACCAUCACCAUCACCACCCCUGCCUCCCUGUCAGCAACGUCAUCGGCAGCUUCACCCUGAUGCGCGAGGACCGAGGCCUUGGCACCAACUUCUACAACCCCUAUGGCAAGGACCUGGCCAUGACGCAGAGCCUGUCGCCGCCCUCCACGGGCUCGGGCCUGGCCUCCUCCAUGCACGGCUACGGCAGCUUGGGCAACAGCCCCAACGGCAACGGCGGCCAGAUGCUCCACGCCGGCUACGACGUCCACGGGGGGAGCCUCUUCUGCCGGACGUCCGAUUUUGGCCGCGAGAUGUCGCCGCCGGGUCUGGGAGGAGGCGACGUGUCAGUGGGGCAUCAGCUGAAUAAAAUGGAGGCCCACCAGCACGCCCCGGGCCACCACGCUCACAUCUACAGCCAACACUACCAGCCCCACCACCACCCGAGCCAGCAGGCCUCCAAGAUGGGCGAGCACCUGCACUCCUCAUCGUCCGGCUCGUCCUCGCCCGGUGAGGGCAUGCUGCCGGGCUCGCAGGGCAGCGGAGGCGGCGGGGAGGAGAUCAACACCAGGGACGUGGCCCAGCGGAUCAUCACUGAGCUGAAGAGGUACAGCAUCCCCCAGGCCAUCUUCGCCGAGAGGGUUCUGUGUAGGUCACAGGGCACGCUGUCUGACCUCCUGAGGAACCCCAAGCCCUGGGGCAAGCUCAAGUCCGGCCGUGAGACCUUUAAGAGGAUGUCCCGCUGGCUGCAGGAGCCCGAGUUUCAAAGAAUGGCCUCACUCCGGCUGGAGGGACGGCAGAGAGCCGAGGAUGGGAUGGAGGCGAGGAGGAGGCACCCCGACUUCUCCAACAAGCCAUAA